AUGGCCUUCAACUUCAACUGGUCGCCGUUGAUGGCGGAUGCGGGUUUUUACACCCGUGCCCAGGAUCUCUUAACUGCGGCGCUCAAUAAAUCGCCCAAGCCGCCCAUCAUUGUCGAUGACAUUAUCGUCACGGAGCUGAACCUCGGGUCGAUACCACCGGAGCUGGAGAUUUUGGAGAUCGGAGAUCUGGCGGAGGAUCGGUUUCGCGGCAUCUUCAAGAUGUCCUAUAGCGGCGAUGCCUUCCUAACCCUGAAGACACGGGUGCAGGCCAACCCGCUGAAUACUUAUCUUCUGACCCGGCCUGCUUUUGCAUCGCCGCAGCCGCUGGCUGCAGCGACUCCAUUGACCAUCCCACUCCAGAUCACCCUCUCCGAUUUUCGACUGUCCGGAUUCAUUAUCUUGGUGUUCUCGAAGCAGAAGGGAAUUACACUCGUCUUCCGGAAUGAUCCGUUGCAAUCGCUGAAGGUAUCGUCGACCUUCGAUUCCAUCCCUUUCGUCCGCGACUAUCUACAGAAGGAGAUCGAGGGACAGCUGCGGAUAUUGUUUAUGGAUGAGUUGCCUGCGAUUAUCCAUCGAUUGUCUCUGCGUCUGUGGGUCCCAGAGUAUCGUACCGCAGAACUGGAGCAGAACAAGGUCGACAAUGUGUCGGGAGAAGGACCAGGGCACGAUCCCUUGGCCAGCCCGCCACAAGAUCCGGUGGACGCUUUUGGGAAUCCGUUGAAUGCUUCAGAGAUUGCCUCUUUGUCAUUGGACUCGGGCGUGGAAACACAUUCUCUAUUUUCGCGGAAGAAUCUGCUACGUCUUGCUACCCUCACGGAUUCGCAGCGGACCUUAUCUCUCUUCACACCAUCCAUCCGAGAAGUAGUCUACCGUGCUUGGACAUCUCCUUCAGACCAGGCAGACGGUUCUGCAAGUGUUGCGUCUCCCAUGAGCCCCUCCCUGUCCAGGACACAUUCCAACGUGGGCUCGACCUACUCCUUCCAGGACUCUGCCAGUACAAUCUCUAUGCAGAGCCGGCCAUCGAUGGCCAGUCAUAGUUUCAGCGGAUACGGGCUGAGUCUCGGAUCCGGUCGUCACUCGAAAGCGCAUUCGCGAAGACGCAAGAAGCGUGUGGUAGAUCUGCGCCGUCCCAAGACCACCGAUGAUGCUGAGAGCAUGAGUGGAGACAGUGCAUUUACGGAAUCGACGAGUGCGCCCUCUGUAUGCUCAGCCCCUGUGUAUUCCGUUCCUCCUCCCAUUAGCGAAGAGGCGAAUGACGAUCCUGUGACACCGCCCUUGUCCCCGCAGGAUGGUUUGAGCUUGCCCUCGAUCCCAGAGCGACGGAGAACCAGCAAUUAUCGGCCUGUGCAUCCCCGGCCGUUCCCGGCAGAGUUUAUGGGAUCUUCGUCUAUGCCCCCGAGGAACGCUGCGGACAACAGCCGCCUAUCUAAGACGGACGAUAUUGAGACUACUCCUCGGGCACCCGCUCAUGCGGAACAUCGCCCUUUACAGAUUUCCGAGAAACGUGAACCGGAACCGUCUGCCGGACCUUCGCGUCCCCUUCCUGCAUCUAUCCUUUCUUUCAACGAAACCGCCCUCCACGGUGGUGUCGUCGACCAGGCUUGGGUGACCAAGAUGGCGAGUGAGAUCGCCCGGCGGAUGCAGGAAGAUAAAAUGUCGGCCAACCAGUGCAGCAGCUUCUGGGAUCGCCGCAAUUUUGAAGAAGCCCCUCCAGCUUACGGCCAGUGA